AGCAAUAAAGAAUAUUAAACAAGGAAAACGUAAAAUUAAAAAUAACUACUUUGCUGGACCAAUAAGAAGCGGCCAAAUAAUUUUAAUAUUUUUUCGACAAAUUCUCAAAUUGACAAGUGCGCGGGGUCGGGGUGUUUUCUUUAAAAUAGCCUGUUUGUAUGGAUUAUAUUUAUUUACGUACUAAUAAUCAGACUUUAAUCAGCUAACGCAAAACCUGUUGAAAGUUUUAGCAAAAGACUAUUCUAUAUUAUUCGUUUUAAAAGAGUGCGUCAUUAUUUUAAGUGUCAUUUAGAGUACUUUAUUUUAAAGUAUUAUCUAACUACGUACUCAUAUAUAAUUGGAUGAUAAAAAUGAUAGCAGAUAACGUGACAUUGGUUGUGAAGGCACCAAAUCAGCAGAUCGAGGAUCAAAACAUCGAGUGCCAGACGUCCUGGACAGUGAGGCAAUUGAAGGGUCAUCUCUCAAAUGUUUAUCCAAGCAAACCGAAAGAAGACGAGCAAAAAAUAAUAUACUCAGGCCAACUAUUGGAUGACAACGCAAUACUCAAGGACAUAUUGAGAAACUAUGAGAGCCAGAUAGCCCAUACUAUGCACCUAGUUUGUGCAAACAAGAAAACAAUGGAACAAACACAGGAACUACCCAAGACAGACGGCUUACGUCAAAGAAAUGUGACGGAGAGUGUCCAAACAGCCACAGAAACUACAACAAGACCAGAGACAACAGAGAAUGACCAAAAUCAUACAGAGGAAAUGCAGAACUAUUUAAAUUCAUACUUGUAUUACUAUGGCAGAGUGCCCCCAUAUCCUAACUACACUAUGGGGCAACCAUAUCUACCAGUUCCAAAUGACCCAGCCUCUAUGGCAAACCAUGUGAUGAUGAUGCAACAGGCUUAUAUACAACAGUACAUGCAGCAGUACCACAACAUGAGGCAAAACAUAACGGAGCCUCAACCGACACCACCCCCUGUGGAGACUCCCCCACAGGCUCCAGCACAACAAGCACCUGAGGCGGAUCUCGAAGACGGUCAAGCGCGAGACUGGCUUGACCAUCUAUAUGCAGCGUCAAGAUUUGGCAUACUGCUGUCACUGUUUUGGCUGUAUGGUAGCCCGACUAGACUGUUGCUCGUUUUGGUGUUGGCUGCGGCUGGCUAUUUACAUCAAAUCGGUUUCUUCCGCGACUUCCAACUGAACCCAAGGAACAACCAGCGGAACCCGCGGCGCCGCAACCAGCAUCCGCACCGCAACCAGCAACCACCCCGCAACCAGCAACCACCGCAGAACAACCAGAACAACCAGAACCAGAACGAGGAACCGACUGCCCGUCCCAAUAAUGAACCACCGAAUAAUGAUAAUGUCAACCAACAGUCAUUGCUAGCUGUCACCUGGAUGAUAGUCACUACAUUCUUAUCAUCAUUAAUACCUGACACCAACAAUUAAAUACAAUAGUUAUUUUUAACCCACAAUACAAAAGGGGUGUUGUAAUUUUAGAGUCUGUGUCUAUUUGUCUGCAGUAUUAGCUCCCAGAUGGACCGAUUUGGAUGCGGCUUAUUCAAUGAAAAGCUGUUCUUUAUAGAAAAGGUACAUAAGUAUGUACCUACAAUGAAGCUGCAUCUAGAGGAGAUAAACAGUUUGUUUCUGAUAACUUUUUUUUUAAUAUGAAAUUAACCAAUAUUCCCCUCGAAUUAGUCGGGAAAGAUUGUGCUAGGAGUGGGUACCACGGUAAACCAACGGGGCGGGGAUCGAACCACCACCCCUCGGUGAUGAGUCUGACCGCUCUUACCGUUGAGCUAUUGAGGCUCAACAUUAUGAGUUAUGGGAGGAAUUUCUGACAUCAAACUCCUCAUUCUAGUUGGUUUUCUGUUGGUGUUGGGUACAUAAUGUUGGUUUCUAAUGUACUUUCAAUAUUUACUUUCUUUUGAGUCCCUUAAAAUGGGCUAUAAAAUUAUCGAGAACUAGAUAUAGCCUGGCUAUAAAAAUGUUUAUAUUUACCUAAGUUUGGUAGGUACUCUGAAAAUAAAAAAAUGUAACUUCAUAUUUUAGAAGUCAUACAUCAAAAUUUUGCUUAAGCAAAAGGCGAAUAGUGUUUUUUGCUAUUAUCUUAUUUCGAAUACAGUGCACUGUUGGUAAGUACCAGGUUCUAUUCCCUCAGUUUAAGAAUUUUAAACUCUUUAAUUUACUUCUACUUCUCUUAGUUUUUUUUUACUCUGCAUAAGCAAGACAUGAUUGUAUAUACAUUGCAUGACAUGUAAAAAAUAACGAUAAUAUUCAGUGGUUUAAUUGUAAAAAAUGUUGCCAGUUUAGAAAAACCGGUGUUCAUGUCAUCCUUGGAUAUAGCAACACUAGUUAUUAAACAAUAUUUUAAAAAUGCAGUUCAUUCAUUUGAAAACCAUAAUAUUGCUGAGCACUCAAACAUGUAAUAAUAUAUAUUUUUUAUUUAAUAUAUUGUUAAAAUUGUGUAAUCAAUUUAAUAGUUUCUCGUAGCCUGUGAACGCCCAGCUUAAUGUAAAGUAUGUUGUAAUGUAAUAUUAGAUUUUUCAAGAUAAUUAAAUUUUAUUAUAGAAUUAGAUUUGGUAAUAUUGGUGGAAUGUAAAGUAUAAAUUAGAAAAUUUUAAUCUAUAUAAAAAUAUUUUUAAUAGAUAUAGGAUAAACAUACACCAGUGUUUCUCAAACAGUUAAAAAUACUAUAAAAGACGCAUAUAAAAAAUGGACUCUACACAUCAACAAUAAAUUAAAUAAAUUCAGGUAAUCUAUUAAAGGUUGAGAAACACUGUCCCUUUUAAAAUUAUGACGUUAGGUGAUUUGUCACUUUGGAAUUUUCGUAAAAGUUUAUGAUAAUUAAAUCAAGAUGAAUGUGUAUUGUUUUCAAAAAUUACGAUAAUUGUUGUAAUUUGAUUAUUUUUCUUUCUGUAAUGUUAUUUGAUACCUGCCAUAUGAUGCCUAUGUCUACUUUUAUGAAAUGCAUAUGCUAGUAAAAUUACUAAAAAAUGCAACCAUUUUUUUUCAAUGUAGUCUCCACUAGUGACAAAGUAAAUGCUAAUUUUGAAUUAAUUACUGAUGCUUCACCAAAUAUUAAUUGUAAUAUAUUUAUUUAUUUAGCAUGUAGUGAGUUAGUUCUACGGUUUUAUCUUUUAAUGAUAAGUAGGAUGUGUUCCGACUGACGGGUCAUAUAUGUAUGAAUCCUAUUUUUUUAAUAGGACUGAUAAAAUGUUUAAAAUUUAUAAUCUAGAUGUUUAAUGUGUUUGCACCUUUAUCCAAACUUUAUGUAUCUUUAUCUGAACUCCUACGACCUGAUUAUUAAAAAAAAAUACAAGAAUAAUGAUUUAAAGUUUAUGAAUAUGGGGGGGGAGUGGAGACUACACUAGUACAUUGUGGGGACUACACUAGUACAUUGUGGAGACUACACUAGUACAUUAUGGACACACUACACUAGUACAUUAUGGAGACUACGCUAGUACAUUGUGGAGACUACACUAGUACAUUGUGAAGACUACACCAGUACAUUGUGGAGACUACACCAGUACAUUGUGGAGACUUUACUUGACAUUAAAGUAGCCUGUCAGUCUGAACGCAACCUAAUGUGUGUACAGUGAUAUUUUUUUCCUAGUGUAAAUAUGUAUUUUAUUGAUGGUUUUCCUCUUGAGGAUUUAUUUUUAUUAGUACUAGAACUUAUAAUAUGUAAUAAAGAUUGUUUUGGAAAUUAGGAGAAAUCGCUUUAGCGAUAAGACCGCCUUUGCAUGCAUAUUAGUAGAAAAAGCUUCUUUUGUUCUUUUUUUAAUUUUUGUAACCGAAUCCUCGCCUGCGCGAUAGCUUGGACAAUGCACAUGCUGCAUAGUCAAUAUUAUUCCCAAUAUGUAGGGUAAUGUUGCCUAAAACCAAGUAGUAGAUACAUUUUACAAGGAUGCAUAAGACGUAUGUCAUACCCCAUCAGUAUUUAAUUCCUUAGGGGCAAGGGGCAACCCUACUUAUUGACAAAAUAUUUCGCUCCCCUCUACGCAGCCCGCACCCCUGUAUCGCGCAGUUGAGGACUCAGUUAACAGUUUGUGAUAAAAGACAAUUUUUCAGGUAUAUAAAUAUUGUUGUUUAACUUCAUUUAAGCUGUUUUGACGCUAUACAGCAUAGCAUUUUUUGUACUAUUAGGUGUUAUUAGACUAUAGUUACUGGUUACUAAUUCGGUAAAUACCUACACAUCUUUGAAGGCUUCUGUCCGCCAGCCUGCAUUGGAGCACCGUGAUGGGACCAAGCUCCAAAUGCCAUCCCUACUUUAAAUGGAAGGGUCAUUGUAGGCUGUUCAAAUUGGCCGAUUUUAAAUUCGGCUAUAUGGCUAAUACGCCAAUAAGACCUUUACUUCAUGUUUGCUGGAUAUUUGUGUACCUAUAACCUAAUUAGGAGCAAAUUGUAUGUGUGCUCGUUCAUGGAUGUAAAUCAAAUUCAUACUGUGAUACGUUACGAUUGUGUUUAAAUUCGCAUGAAAUAAAUUAUUAAUAUUGA